GCUGGAGAGCCGGGAGUCGCUGGGUGCGCGGGGCUGCCUCGCAGCGCCUCGCCACGGGCUCUGCCAGCAGACAGCCUUGGCACACAGGCACAAGAGCUGGAGCCCAGAGAUGAGAGUGCCCGCAGGAGACCCUGAAUCGAGGGUACACAUGAAGCCCCAACCUCUUCAGCAGAACUUCAUCAGCACGUUUUUCUGAAGAGAGGGAAAUUAACCAAGGCACAGAGAGGCCGGUGACCCCAGCCUGAGAUCCAUCUCUGCUUUGUCAGCUGCUUCUCACAUUUUCAUAGCAGCCUCUGAGAUGAGGCUCAGAGGAGUCCCUUGCCCAGGCUCAUUCAGCCAGGAAGUGGCAGAGCUGGGAUUUGAACCCGGCUUACCUGACUCCUUGAAUGACCAGAGACUUCAGCCCUCACUUUGCUUCUGGAAAGAGGUCCAGCACCCCUGAGCCUACCCAGGACACGGGCAGGAGCCUCCUGCAUGGCCUCCCGAUCUCCAUCCUCAUCCCUCAGGGGCUGUCUAUAGAAUGUGAGCCUGGCGGGCUGCCAGCUAACCUGUCGCUGAAGCCCCAGAAGCGGGUCCUCAGGCCGGGCCUGCCCCGCCUCCGGCCCAGCAUGCGCCUGUCGGUGCGGAGGGUGCUGCUGGCAGCUGGCUGUGCCCUGGUCCUGGUGCUGGCUGUUCAGCUGGGGCAGCAGGUGCUAGAGUGCCGGGCGGUGCUGGCGGGCCUGCGGAGCCCCCGGGGGGCCAUGCGGCCGGAGCAGGAGGAGCUGGUGAUGGUGGGCACCAACCACGUGGAAUACCGCUACAGCAAGGCCAUGCCGCUCAUCUUCGUGGGCGGCGUGCCGCGCAGUGGCACCACGUUGAUGCGCGCCAUGCUGGACGCCCACCCCGAGGUGCGCUGCGGCGAGGAGACCCGCAUCAUCCCGCGCGUGCUGGCCAUGCGCCAGGCCUGGUCCAAGUCUGGCCGUGAGAAGCUGCGGCUGGACGAGGCGGGGGUGACGGAUGAGGUGCUGGACGCCGCCAUGCAGGCCUUCAUCCUGGAGGUGAUUGCCAAGCACGGAGAGCCGGCCCGCGUGCUCUGCAACAAGGACCCAUUCACGCUCAAGUCCUCGGUCUACUUGUCGCGCCUGUUCCCCAACUCCAAGUUCCUGCUGAUGGUGCGGGAUGGCCGAGCCUCCGUGCACUCCAUGAUCACGCGCAAAGUCACCAUCGCGGGCUUCGACCUCAGCAGCUACCGCGACUGCCUCACGAAGUGGAACAAGGCCAUCGAGGUGAUGUACGCCCAGUGCAUGGAGGUGGGCAAGGACAAGUGCCUGCCUGUGUACUACGAGCAGCUGGUGCUGCACCCCAGGCGCUCACUCAAGCUCAUCCUCGACUUCCUUGGCAUCGCCUGGAGCGACGCUGUCCUCCACCAUGAAGACCUCAUUGGCAAGCCGGGUGGUGUCUCCCUGUCCAAGAUCGAGCGGUCCACGGACCAGGUCAUCAAGCCUGUUAACCUGGAAGCGCUCUCCAAGUGGACUGGCCACAUCCCUGGGGACGUGGUGCGGGACAUGGCCCAGAUCGCCCCCAUGCUGGCUCAGCUCGGCUAUGACCCUUAUGCAAACCCCCCCAACUACGGCAACCCUGACCCCAUCGUCGUCAAUAACACACAGCGGGUCUUGAAAGGGGAUUAUAAAACACCAGCCAAUCUGAAAGGAUAUUUUCAGGUGAACCAGAACAGCACCUCCUCCCACUUAGGAAGCUCGUGAUUUCCAGAUCUCUGCAAAUGAACUUCAUUGCCAAGAAGAGAAGAAACUGCAUUUAAGUGGAAAUCGGACCUCUAAUCCAAGCAUAUUGCUUGCUAUUAAUCGCCAAAACAGGACUGCUGAUGAGGAAUGUAUUUGCAUAUGUUUGCAAAAGCUGAAUCAUUGAAAACGUACCUUGAAACUCUCUAUCUUUGGACACGCCAGGGUAGAGAAUGAAGGGUAUGGAAGUAGUCCGGCUUUUGAAACUUAGGUAUUUUAUAUUUUUCCCCUCAAGAACUUUUUUUUAACAGACAGAUUUGCCAUCCUCCUUAAUUUGCAGGACUGCCUUGGUGGCUUUGUUUGCUGGGACAAGGCCCACAAACUGUGCCUCUCCUAUUGACCCUUACUUUGAAUUCAAAGAAUCUAUUUAAGAAUUUAAUAUAUGAGGCUUUCUUUGAUUCCUCCUCAGUUCUACCUAGUUUCACAGAGAAAAAAAAAUACUCUUUGAAUAAAGUGAACAGGGGCUCAUUUGUUUAUGCCUUACUUUA